UCGAAGCUUACCUCUUCGCUCGGCGGCGUUGAUUCUCUCUCUUCUUUUUUCCUUACAUCCCCGCCCAGUUAUCGCCUGUUCCCAUGCUUGACCCAGCGCAUCUUCUCUACGAUGUCUGGAUCAAAUCCUUUCCGCCGUAGGGAACGAGAGAGUGGGGUUUCCCCGCCGCAUCCGAAGAGCGGUGCGAUAACACACACGACAGCCAUAGCUCCAGUUGCUCGCGCAGAGGAUUUCACAGACCAUACAGCACUGCGUUCAAAAAUUGUGCGCAUCGCUUCUCCUCCCGUGCCUGCUUCUACGACAUCACCAGCCAAUGCACCAUUUCCUGAUCAUUCAGGCCUUCAUCACCGCUCAUAUACGAGACAAUAUGAUGAUUCCACCUCUGAUUCCCAAGAAGACCGAGCCUCGACCGAUCCGUUCGAGGCAGACCAACUUACCACUGACGAUGACGAUCCAGAGCAACAGUCCCGGCACAACGCCAGAUGGGAUCCUACCAUGACUGAUUCCUCUGAUGACGACUAUGGCGGAUCUGCGCGGUCAUCACAUCAUGAAACUUUGCAGCCUCUGGGGCGACAACGUCCUGUUUCUGAGAGUCCGGUAAUUCCGCGAGAGACAACGCCAGGACCAGGCAGCAAUGGAAGCAAAAGGGCUACUAUGGAUGUAGAUGCUUUCACCAGACUUCUUCUGACGGGAGAUGCUGGGACAGAGCGGACAUCGUCGAUGAAGGACAGCCCAAACGCUUCGAAUAGGCCAAGAACUGCUCCCGAUAUUUCGAAUGAGAGUCGCAGCAGCGCAGAUGCUGUAUCUAUAUCUCGACAGUCCGCCUCCGAGUAUUGCCCGUCCGUUGGCGCCGAUACACCACGAACGUCGCACGAAAUGUCAUCUGCGGAAGCUGAGGCUGGGUACAAAGUGCAAAUCAACCGCCAAGGGUCUGAGAGGAAGCAGAAACCUCCUCCCCCUAAGGCACGUCAUGGAAAGUUGAUCAAAUCGGACGGCAAUCAGCAACCAACCCCGCAGCCUACCACAUCUCAUUUUCAACCAAACACGCCUAGUUCAUAUAUAUCACAGCCACAGAGUAUAAAUACCUCUUCUCCCGGUACCAGCAAAACUGUUACCUCUCCUUCAGCAACGGACUACUUUACAACCACAUUCGGAGACCAAACAUCCCGUCCGGGAGACUCCCCCGACCGCAAACCAUCGCAGUCCAAGAGACCGCCAACACCACCGCUUGCUAGACGGCGGAGUCAGAUGAAGCAUGUCAAAUCAAGUGCUUCAGUGAGCAAACCAAGUCAGAUCAUAAUUGCAGAGGCGUCCGUCGAGUCGAAAUACCCUACUACACCAAGUCCUGGCAUCAAGAACCCGCCCCCUCCUCCAUCCCGACGUCACGGCAGGGCGAUCAGUGCACAGCUAUCCGACGGUUCUUCCCCUCCUGCAUUUCCAUUUCCUCAGAGAACGUCCUCGACGUCGAGCGGUCCGCCUGGUGGGGAGGAGAGUGAGAGGGGAGCAUCUCCUGCAUCGUCCAGGACGCCCUCCAUCAGAUCCGCAAGGCGCGUAUCACAACCACUUGGUUCGUCUCCGUCGAAUAUGCCGCCUCCUCCCCCGCCCCCGAGGAGGGCACGAAGUCCUAGUCGCGGCAGUACUGAUAGCUCUCGUCCUCGGUCUUUUCAUCUGGAGAAAGAGAAUGAACCCACAGUGCCCGUGGCGGAGCCAUCGAAUGCUGACAGCAUCCUGGCUGAUCUUACGCGGUUACAACAAGAAGUGGAUGCUCUUCGGGGACAAUAUGAGAGCCGCAAGCCCAGUCACUGACAAUAGGAACACCUUCCGCACGAGUUAUGGAAUGUAGUUAUGGGCUUUGCCCUUUUUUACAUUCUCAGCUGACCUCCUACCAAUUCCAUACAUACAUAUGCGGCUUGACUGGAACCACCCAAACCAUCCAUUUCACGGGCUCUGAUGGGUACGGAUAACUUCUCACGUGAACAUGUUCUCGAUUCCACAGCGUGGUAGAAACAUUAUAAGAUACCUGUGUUUACGGUCGCGAUGUCCAGUCUCACUGACUAUAUAUUGUACUUUGUACUGUACACAACGACGGUAGUUUCUGCACGUAGAAUAAAAUACAGGAUUGCCUGACUGAUUCUUGCCUUGAGUAUGCGUUGU